ACCAAUCCAGCGAAAAGACCUUGUCAAGCGAGAUUUGAGAAGUGACCGUUUGCUAUUUACGGUGCAUGGAGUAAAGAAAUGUUGGGCUUGUGUAUUUUGUAUCAUUUCGUGUUCGCAUUUGAGACAGGUGUUCGUCAAAUAACUCAAUAAGAUGGAAAGUACAUUGGACUCGAUCCGUCCGUCAGGAAAUCCACAGGAAGAAAUGUCAUAUCUAUUUGGUAGAGAUCCAAGCAUUUUGGCAUACAGCCAAAGGCCAUUUCCUUCAAAGGACACCAAGAAGAAUUUACUUUCGCUGUAUGAAACAGAAGAGGACAAUCCUAAAGAAAAUACACAUGAACAUUCUGAAUCCUUACAAACUGUUAGAGUAUAUCUUCGACUUAAACCAUUUCCAAAAAAGUUGAAACUAACAGACGAACAACAAGAUGCAUACAAAAUAAUGAAUUCUACCACAUUGGUUACUAAACUACCAAUGUUGGACAAUACAAUAAGUUCUAUUAAGCAAUCAAAAAAUAAUGAGAUUAUAAGUAGGAAAUAUAUAUUUUCUCAAACAUUUGGACCAGAAACAACUCAAUUGGAAUUAUUUGAGCAAACAGUACAACAGCAAAUGGUUGAUUUUCUAGCUGGUCAUAGUUGUACUAUCAUGACAUAUGGUACCACAAAUUCAGGAAAAUCAUACACUUUACAAGGAACCACUACUUCACCUGGCCUUAUACCACGUGCAUUGGAGUUUGUAUUUUCCAAUAUUACUACAAGACCAAAUCCAUCUUAUAAACCUUUGCAUUAUUGCAACGUAAUCAGUCUUAAUGCUCUUGAACGUGCGCAAGAACUCGAAGCAAAAACCAAGUUGCUGACGUUCAGUUCUGUGGAUAAACAUCAGUAUACAAAUGCUUACAAACAGAUGCAAAAAUUAUUGCAAGAAGAGUCAGUUCGGCCCAGUCAAUGCCAUGAUGCUCAUUAUUCAAUUUGGGUUUCAUUCGCUGAAAUUUAUAACGAAAUUGUAUAUGAUUUAUUAUCAAACGAAUGUCAAAAGAAGAGGGUACCAUUGAAACUAGGAACAGAUUCCAAUGGUAGAGCAUUUAUCAAAGGACUGAAAACUAUCUAUGUUAAUUCAGCUGCAGAAGCUUAUCAGGUUUUGAUGGCAGGACAGUAUAAUUUAAAAAUAGCAGCGACUGCGUUAAAUGCAAAAAGCUCAAGAUCCCAUUGUAUAUUCACGAUUUCAUUAUUGAAGUAUCAUAUGGAAAAUUCACCAGAUAGAGUUGAAGUGAGCACGUUUUCCUUUUGCGAUCUUGCGGGCUCGGAACGCUUGAAAAAGACGUUGAACAUCGGAGAUAGAUUGAAGGAAGCACAAAACAUUAAUACCAGUCUGCUAGUAUUGGGCAGGUGCUUAAAAUCUAUUCACGAAGGACAAUUAAUAAGAGCGAAAACCGACGCUAUCGGGCCUUUCAGAGAGUCCAAAUUGACGAGAUUGUUUCAACGAGCGUUAUCUGGAAAGGAACAUUUAGCUUUGAUAGUCAAUGUCAAUCCUCUUCCAAAUCUCUAUGUAGAGACUCAGAACGUCCUGAAUUUUGCUGCUAUCGCCAAAAAGAUCAUUAUAGAAGAGAAGAAGCAAGUGCAGGCAAAGUUGAGAUCGAGGUUCUCGCGGAUAGUUACACAGAGUAUGGAGGCAGCAACUGAUUGGGAUGCUACGGAAUUGGAAACGGAUGUGGAGUGGCAACAAGCAGAUACUAUGGAGAAUAUUUCAGAAUAUGUCAGAUCGGAAGAAUACAUGGAUCUUAUGAGUGAAAAUGAGAGAUUAAAGAAAGAAAUUACUAUUUUAAAAGAUUCGGCAUUAAGCAGAGACAUCCAGAGUCGGCAAGAAAUGUCUGAAAAAUAUAUCGUGAUGAUGAACGAGCUCGAAGUCCAUUGGAAACAACGUAUAAACGAUGCAGAAACACAGCACGAGGAUAAUCUUGAGUGGACUGUGAAACAAGUUCAAGAGUUUUAUGAGGAAAAAUUGAAUCAGCUGCUCAGAACGAAACGAAGACGCAGCGAUUGUGCCGAUGAAAGCGAGCAAAAUAGCGAUUUUCUUAAUGUAACUCUUGAUUUGAGCGAAGAGAACACACAACUCAGGACUAAGAUUGAAACUAUGAAAACGAGACUGACGGAACUAAAAACAGCGAACGAAACCUUGAUUAUGGAAAAGAACAAGGCCAAUUUUGAGUUGGGAUUAUCAAACGAGGAUCUAAAGGUAGUGAAAAAUCUCUUGAAAGCCGCACAGGAAGACAUUAGCCGUGAUCAAGAUGGUAAAUUUUUCGCAGAGAAAAUGACGUCGCAAUUGCUCGCUAAAGAUGAACAAAUAAUGAAACUCAAAGAAUUUCUCAAUGAAGCGAAGGAAGACUACAUUACAGUGACGUCUGAUUUAAAGAAGAAGGAAAUUUGCAUUGAUGAACAGAAAAAGAUCAUAAUAGAAAAUGAAGAAAAAAUCGAAGAUGUGGAAUCACAUCUUGAGCAAGUUAAUAUGUGUCUAAUGGAAAAAACCAGGAUGGUGGAACUUAUAGAAGAGAAAUUUGAGCAGCAAAGUGAAAAAUUGUCCGACGCUCAGAGUAAAAUCCUGCAACUGCAAGAGGAAAUUAAAAGAUUGAAGGAUGACAAGUUAGUAUCACUCAACUGCUACGAGAAACCGUUUGUCGCGAGUACGGAAGAUUCUCAACGCACAAACAAAGUGACAAAUACAUUUGCAUUAGCAGAAACAUCGUGCACUGCAGUUGACAGCACGAAUGAAGAGCUUAUCGUGAAGGAAGAAUUAAUUAUUGAGGACGUAUUGGAAAGUCCGCAUACACAAGACAAAACGGGAAGCACGGCAGAGAGUGCGGAGACAUGUUCGAGGGAAAAUUUGGAAUUGUUUGCAAGCUUAUCAUCCAAUGAUCGACAAAAAGAUGAUGAUGGUUGCUACGAUAUUGAAUCUAAUUCGAAGCAAGGUUUUUGUUGCAAAAGUACCUACACUAACGUGUCGAUAGCAACGGCGGAAACCCAAACUCAAUGUGAGAAGGUGCUUUUGAAAGAUGAGACUGUUCAGACAAACGAGCUUUCUGACGAUGAUAAAUUACAACUAAAAGAAAUGGCCGUGCGAUAUGACAAAGUCCAAAUGCAAUACCAAGAGGAAUGUUUGAAAGUGGAACAGUUGAUUGAAGAAUUUCGCGAAGUAAAGGGGACAGUACAUUCAUUGAGGGAAGAAAAUCAGUCGAGUAAAGCUGCCAUAGACGAAUAUAAACGUUCCACAGAAAUAUUAGAGAAACAAUUGUCGCUCGUUACGGAAGAAAAGCGAAAGAUGGAAGAAGCUUUAUUGACUUCCAAUACGGCCUCGGAAGUCAAGCUUGCGAGAUACGAGCGUGAGAUUGAUCAGCUGGAAAAGAAUCUCGCGACUGCGAAGGAUAAUAUUCAACAGUAUAUGGAGCAAUUGGAGACAAUGCGUAAAAAAUUAGACGAAUGCACGUCGCAGUAUAAAGUGGAGAAAGAUGAAAAAUCAAUAGAAUCUGCUCGGGUAAAAGAGGAGAACGACGACACGACGAAUGAUAUAAAGGAGGAGAACGACACGACGAAUGAUAUAAAUGUAAAGCAAUUGGAUGAGCAUCUGAAAGAGAUAGAAACCAAUUUAGAAACUAUAGCGAAGUUAAAAGGGGAUAUUGUUCAACUGAACAAAAACUUGGAGGUCUGUCAAAUUGAGAGGGAUCGCAUGCAAAAUGCGCUGGAGCAAAAUAAACAAAAUACCCAGAGAUUGUUGGAACUUGAGAAUCAAUUAAAACAAACGGCCCUGAAGGAACAAGAAAAAGACACCGAGAUCGCGACUUUGCAGAAGGAAUUGAAGCGUUUGAUACAGGAAAGCGAAAAUUCCCAGAAAAAUGACGAUUGUAUGGAAACGGAAUUAAAGAGCGCUAUAAGUGAAUUGACGCUGACAAAAGAGACGCUUUCCGAAAAAGAGCAGUAUAUCAAAGAAUUGAAGAUACAUUUGGAUAAUUUUGAACGAAACGCGAAGAUAUAUGAUUUGCUGGAAGAGAAUGCGAAGGAGCGACAAGCUGAAAAUGAACGAUUGCGGAAUAUCAAUGAUGAAUUGAGGAGCCAUUUGACGCAAAAGGAGCGCGAGAUGGAUGCAUUUGUGAGGAACAGAGACGAGACGAUGAUGAAAUAUGAGGAAUUGGUGAAGAAUCAACAAGAGGAAUUGGAGAAACAGAAAAAGGAAGUUACAAGGUACCAGGAAUUAUUCUGUAGACAAAUGACAACCACGCCGAACAAAGACGAUUAUAUACAGUUGCAAAGUCGCGUGCAAAAUCUCCAAGACAGACUAUACAAGUAUGAGAUUGGCGCGAAAGUUAAAGAGUGUUGCGACACUGCGUCGGAGGAUGAAGUUUUGAUUCAACGUCAGCCCAAACGACGCGGCAAAAAGGCCGCUUCGUCGACCAAGCAAGGGGACAUACCGGUUAUCGAAUUAUCUGGAUCCGAGUCAAAACGCAGUGCGAAACGCACCGCUUUGCCCACUACAGCUGCGGAAUCAUCAACCGACAAGAGACGUACAACUCGUAAGAAGAAGCUAUUUGUUGCUACCGAUUCGUUCGUCGAUAUUCAACCUGUGGAAGAAGAAGCAGGAAAGGAUGUCAUUUCCUCGACGCCAUUGCCGACCCGUAAUUUGAGGAGUCGAAGGAAAUGAAGAGUCGCAUUGUCGAACAAGUUGUAAAUGUGUAUAUACAUGAAGAAACACUAUUUUCUGUGUAUCGAAAAACUUAGAGUAAAAAGAAAAUAUGCAUGAGUGAUAAACUAAUGCACGGUGCGUACAAUGUAGAUAUCGUGAAGCGAGUGCCGCAUUUCUUCUGUGACAAUCAGCGAAAGACAAUCUUGAAAAGGUAUCGCGAAGCAACAUCUGGUUAUAGCUUUGUUAAACUUUUUUUUUUAUUUCAUAUCUUCGUGUAUCCCGCAUUUUGUAAAUGUACAUGUAUGCUUACAUAUAUGUGUGUGUGUGUGUGUAUAUAUACACAAUAUCGAAAUAUUUUAUACUCCAAAAUGUCAUGCAUGUAUAAAUUAUACACACGUGUUUUAUUGACAUCUUAAAUGCAGCGAGAAGAUGCGAUAUAUCGACCGUAUCAUGUUCGCUAUAAAAAAAAUAUUGCUGUGUGUUAUUAUUGCCGCUUUUGUAUAAUUUUGAGAAUUUAUCGUAAAUGAACACUUAAAUUUGGACGUAAAUUUAUGCAAAUUUUUGAAAUUUAUCUUCUCGGCUGGUUUAAUAACCAUUUUCUCCACGAUGCCACUAGAUUAGGCAAGUAAGUUGAAAUGCAUACUGUAAAAUGAUAAUUUAUCGACGCAUCGAAUCGUGAAUGUGAAGUCCAUUCUAUGCUAUUUGCAAGUUGCAAAGUUGCAAGCAAAUUGACCAAUCACAGUUGAUUAUUCUUCGAUCACAAGGAGAACAAUCAACCGUGAUUGAUCAAUUUAUUCGCGAUCGUGCAACUUGAAACUAAUGCAAAAUGGGCUUAAUAAAGUGUGCAGAUGGCGCAUUGAUAUGUUGUCUUUUUAUUGCAAACGUAUGCUCGCUUGACGAUAGCGAUGUAUAGCGUUGCAACGAUAACACAUAUUAUCAGAUAAAAUGGAAAUC